GUUUCCUCAGUGGUACGCAUUUGUAUAUAUAUCACGGGUCUUUCUUAAAUUCUCAAGGAACUGACUUAGAGGGAGAGAGUUCAGGAGAGUUUUAGAGAGUGGAUUUUGUUUUCUCAGUGUGGUGAGCUAGUAGUGUAAUUAAGAUCAGAAUGAAAAUCUCCACAUCUCUAGGGACUGUUUUGGUUUCUGUUAUCUUCUAUCUAUCCUCUGCGUCACCAUUUGUCAUCUGUUCAUCUCUUGACGUCACCAUUGAUAACCAUUCACCAAGGCAUCUCAAGAACAACGGAUCCCUGUUGAGUAAUCAAAUGAUAACCAGCAUAAAGCUUCAUGGCAUUCUCUUAUGGGCUUCAAUGGGAUUUCUUAUGCCAAUGGGGAUUCUCUUCAUUAGAAUGGCCAAUAAAGCUAAUGAAAAUGGAAGAAAUGUUAAAGUGUUCUUCUACCUUCAUGUCAUUUUCCAGAUACUAGCAGUGGUUUUGGCAACAAUAGGAGCUAUAAUGUCUUUAAGAACAUUGGAGAACUCCUUUAACAACAACCAUCAAAGAUUUGGCCUGGCUCUUUAUGUUGCCAUGUGGCUCCAAUUCUUGACCGGUAUCUUCAGGCCCUCUAGAGGGAGCAAAAGGAGAUUGAAAUGGUUCUUAUUGCAUUGGAUUCUUGGAACAACAGUGUCAAUAAUUGGGAUAAUAAACAUAUACACAGGCAUAAGAGCUUACCAUAAGAAGACAUCAUCAAGUAGAGACUCAAGUAUUUGGACAAUCUUGUUCACAGCUCAACUCUCUUGUCUUGUCCUCUUCUAUCUAAUUCAAGACAAAUGGGAGCAUUUUCAAAAGCAAAGAGUGGUUAUUGAUGAAUUGGAUCAUCAUCAAAAUACUAACACGAGUGGAAGAAGUAAUGACCAAACCAUUCAAGUGGUAACAGGAAAUGAUCAAGAACAAAAGGUCAUGGUUCCUCAGCCUUGUCGCAAGAGUAAUGCACUUCUCUGUAUUGCACAGAUUCAUAGAGCGAAGAAGAAGAUGGGAGGCGAAGAGGAGACGAAGAAGAGAGUGGUAGUUGAAUCGCUGGGAUGGAUAACGGAAUCUUCAAUCAUGCCGAAGAAGCAUCGCGCCAUCGAAGGCGUGGGUCCUUCCUCAAUCAUGGAGCUCAAGGCUCAGCUCUAUAAGUCUCAGGAAGAAGCUAAGCUGACGAAGGAUUUCACCGGAUCCGAUGCUCAGUACCACCGCGCGAAAGAAAGGAUCGCCGCUAAAGACUCUUUCGCCGCGAAGAACUCCGGCGUCGAGGGUCGAGCUUUCAAGGACAAGCUGGAGCUUAAAGCGGUUAAAGACGGAGCAGUUAGCUACGCUGCGUUGGAGAAGAAGGCUCAGUUAUAUGAAAAGCUUGCAAGGGGAGAGCUUUCGGACGAAGAAGCCGAGGAGAAGUACUGUGUGGAUUUCUUCAGGAAGGGGGUACAACGUGGAGAUGAUUUAGAGCCACCAAGGACUAGCAACAGUUCCGUUUCGGCACCACCUGAGGAUUUAAAAGCAGAUGGUGAGGAUGAUGGUUCGCUGUUUAGCACCAAGUUUGCUGGACUCGGACGUGCGGUUGAGACAGCUGAUAUAAGUCAACACGUGCGUAUGGUCAGAGAGGUUCAUCAAGAAGUGAAUCAAGCGAGAGAAAAGGCAACAGAGUUGAAGCAAAGGAGACAAGAGCAGGCAACAAAUCGUCGGGAGAAACUCAAACAAGCCUAUCUUCGAAAGCAGCUCGAGAAACUUAAAGCUCAACAACAACAACAACAACAACCACAGCAACAAGAUUAGGGAAAAACUUGAUUCUGUUGAUGUUGUUUUUACUUCGCCAAGCUUUUAUUGACUUUGAGGGAAUAUACCCAAGAAACUGCAGAAUUUUUUGAAUGACUUCAGUUUUAAGUUUGAUUAGAUGGAUAGCGUUAUAUUGUAUUUGUACGAGUAUGUUAUUUUGUAAAGAGAGUAAAUUUUUUGUUUUCCAGUCA